AUGGUCCUUGGGAUCCUCCCUCUGCCCCUUAGCAGUACCCAGAACUGCCUGAGCAAGCACCACGUCGCAGCCACCCUCCAACAGAUGCAGAAGCUGCUCUCGGCUUACGAGGUGGCCCAGAUGCGCAGCCUGCGAAACCUGAAGAAGCAGCUGGCGCUCCUGCCAGCCGGUGCCCAAAAGCCGCCGGCCAAGCAGAAUGAGAGCUGCACCCCUCCUUCUGCACCCUCCAACGGCAGGAGGCUGGGCAGGGGAACGGCCAUUGGGAAGGAGGUCCAUUUUGUCUGCAAUCCUGGCUUUGCGCUGGCCGGGUCUGAGACGCGGGUCUGCUUGAAGAACAGAACCUGGAGUGGACAGCAGGCCUUCUGCAAAAGCACCAGCGAUUGUGCCAGUCGGCCCUGUGCCAACGGAGGGACCUGUGUGGAUGCUGUUCCUCGCUACAGCUGCUUGUGCCCCAGCGGCUGGUCAGGGAGCAACUGCCAGGCUCCCCUUCAUGCCCCUGAUUCGCAAGGCACCGCAGAUUGCUGCACCUCAGCUCUUUCACACACAGGCUUUGCAGCAGAAGACAGGGCAGCUGUGAGCAACGCAACGUUCAGCCGUCAACCCCGCUGCAUCGAGAAUCCGGGGGGCUCCCGCCAAUGCAGCUGCGAUGGCGGCUUCCUGUUGACGAGGGGAGGCAUGUGUCAAGAUGUGGAUGAGUGCCAGCUGUACCAAUCCAACUAUCACACCCGGAUCUGCCUCCACGAAUGUGUGAACCUACCUGGGUCUUAUCAGUGCACCUGUCCGCCCGGCUACCGGUUUCAGGCUGAGCAGAACAUCUGCAGCGAUGUGGAUGAAUGUGCGACGAGUCAAGACAACUGCAGCCGCGGACAGAUUUGCGUCAACAUCUUUGGGGGCUUCCGUUGCGUGAAACCCGAAUGCCCCAAGACCCACUUCAACACAACUUACGUCAAGACGUCAGCCUCGCAGUGUGAACGGAGCCCUUGCCCCAUGGGGAGCCAAGCCUGCCAGAAAUCCGCCCAUGCCAUCUCCUUCCACUACCUGCCCCUCCAGUCCAACCACUCCGUGCCCCGGGUCCUUUUCAAGAUGUCCACCAGCCGCUCUCUGGGGGACAGCCUGCGCUUCGCCCUCCUAGGGGGCAACAGCCAGGGGAGGCUGGCAGUCCAGCGCUCGGACCAGCACACAGGGGAGCUGGUGCUGACCCGCUCGGUCCUGGGCCCAGCAGUCCUGGAGGCCGAGGUGGAAAUGAGCGAGUUUGCCCAGAAGAUCCUUCUAGGGAAGCACAUCUUCAAGGUCACGUUGUUGGUUUCCCAGUAUGAGUUCUGAGCCCCUUGGAACCCCCCGUCGGGCUUUGGAGAAGGCCAGGACCAGAUGUGGCAGGGACAUCUGGAGGGGGCAGCUCUCUACCCAGAAUAAAAGAGGCC